CCCCAACUGGACCGGAGCGAGACAAGAAGCCCUGAGACUCUGCACCAGGCUGCUGCAGCUGUGUUCUCCAUUUGACAGGAUGUGGAUGACUAACAUUGUCGCUCUUUGUCUGCUGGCCUUCACGGCCUCUGCAGAGGAGAAGAAACUGAGCAGCCAUGCCUCCACGCUGGCUGAAAACAGUGCCAACCUGGCCUUCAGCCUCUACCAAACCAUGGCCAAGGACAAGGCCACGGAGAACAUUGUGGUCUCUCCUGUUGUGGUUGCCUCCUCUCUGGGACUGGUCGCUCUUGGUGGUAAGGCCUCCACCGCCUCUCAGGUGAAAACCGUCCUCAGUGCCAACAAACUCAAGGACGAGCACCUGCACUCGGGCCUGUCAGAGCUCCUCACCGAGGUGAGCAACGCCAAGACCCGCAACUCCACCUGGAAGAUCAACAACCGCCUGUAUGGGCCCAGCACCGUCUCCUUUGCCGACGAGUUUGUGAAGAGCAGCAAAAAGCACUACAACUAUGACCACUCCAAGAUCAACCUCCGGGACAAGAGGAGCGCGGUGAACUCCAUCAACGAGUGGGCGGCCAAGUCCACGGAUGGCAAGCUGCCCGAGAUUACCAAAGAUGUGGAGAACCCAGACGGAGCCAUGAUCGUCAACGCCAUGUUCUUCAAGCCUCACUGGGACGAGAAAUUCCACGAACAAAUGGUGGACAACCGAGGUUUCCUGGUGACCCGUUCCUUUACCGUUGGAGUUCCCAUGAUGCACCGCACAGGUCUUUAUGAUUUCCUCGACGACAAAGAGAACAAGCUCUUUGUGCUGAACAUGCCUCUGGGACAGAAGCAGGCCUCCAUGAUUCUUAUCAUGCCAUAUCACCUGGAGCCCCUGGAGCGCCUGGAGAAGCUGCUGACGAGGAAGCAGGUGGACGCUUGGCUCAGCAAAAUGGAGAACACAGCCGUUGCAGUCUCCCUUCCCAAAAUCUCUGUAGAAGUCAGCCACAACCUGCAGAAACAUCUGGCCGAGCUUGGCCUGACUGAGGCUGUGGACAAGUCCAAGGCCGAUCUGUCCAACAUCUCCGGGAAGAAGGACCUGUAUCUGUCCAACGUCUUCCACGCAUCGGCCUUGGAGCUGAGCAUCGAAGGGAACCCAUACGACACAAGCAUCUUCGGCUCAGAGAAGCUGAGGAAGCCCAAGCUCUUCUACGUAGACCAUCCCUUCAUUUUCCUGGUGAAGGACAACAAAACCAACUCCAUCCUGUACAUUGGCAGGGUGGUUCGACCCAAAGGGGACAAGAUGCGUGAUGAGCUAUAAUGUUAAAGUGUGGUGUAGAGUAGCUUAUAUUGUGUUGUGUUGUUGUGUGUGUUGGUGUUUUGACUGGUUUGUUAACUCAAGAGCACAUUCCAAUAGACAAUCUGUGGACUGAAGAUCUGAGAGUUUACUAAACUUUGAAGGCAACAACCUGUUAGAGGCAUUUUCGGCUCCGUAAACCAAUGUCAGUCGGCGUGCACGCUUAUAUUAAGCGUGGUGUGUUUUUUAAUUUAACAUCUUGUGUCGCCGCUGUUGGCCCAGCCACAACCCACGUGAGUUUUCUUGCAUUAUCUUUAACGUUUAAAGAAGAAAAAAGACCUUUGCAAAACUUUGCUUGUCAGAUCCUCAUUCCAUUUAUUUCACCUCAACUCCAGCUGAGUUUUCAGUGAAAAGGUGGCGAAUAUCUGGUCUCUAAUUUAUGCCUGUUUCCAGUCAGGAUUUGUCUUGUUGCUGUAGGUGUUUUAUUUUUUAUUUUCCACAGAGCAGCUGU